CGGAUAUACAGAUGAUCAGUUUAUAAUGAACUGGUUAGUAUUGUUAGAAUAAAUCCUGUUUAUACAUAUCAGUUUAAUAACUUUAAAACAACGGUACAUAAAUGAAAUAAGGAUAAAAGAUAUGAAAGUGUGUAUGAUUAUUUAAAGCUACAUUGUAUUUUAACUUCUAUCUUAUUAUUUAUUAUCUGUUUUAAAAGACACUAAGUGAUUUCUAUCAAUACCGUUUUAGUGACAUAUGUAAUAUAUAUAUCUCGGGAUCGUAGAGCCAUGGUACCAAAACCGUUAAGAUUCUUGGUGUCUAUUGUUGUUGUUACAGACAUAAUUGUGUUAGUGGAUGGAAUCCAGUGCUACAACUGUAACUCGCAGUCACAACGUGACGUAUGUGGUGCGGACUUCAAGUUGACGUCUUCGGACACGAUCUUCAUUGUUGACGAUUGUCACUUCUGUAAUAAAUAUCACUUUUCAAACGACGGAGUUUAUAUCCGCAACUGCACCAAGAAAACGCCUGGCAGAAUCCAGUUCAAGUUUGGCUGCGAGGAAGCCAAAGUUAGUGGAACAACGGUAGAGACCUGCUCCUGUUCCGACAAUCUGUGCAAUGGCGCCAUAUCGAGACUUGCGGCUGUACCUGCUAUCAUACUUGUUUGCCUAUCUAUAUUUUAUAGUCUUGAACCUGAUAUUAAACUAUGGAUAUAAAGAUCCGGUAAAAUACCAGCGAAAAUGACAAUUUAUGUGUUCUACUCUAAACUUAUUAUGACAUUCACAUUAUAUUUCUGAGACCGGAUUUUGUGAUAACUUUAAUGAUACCAAUACUGAUGAAUUUCUAAAUUUAGUCUUUUUUUCACUUUCUUCGUGUUAAGUGACCUGUCGAGUUUUCACUUUUCAUUUCAUUUGAAUAAGGUACUAACUGUAAAAUGCAUAGUUCUCGAACAGCAUUUCAUCAGAAACACUCUUUCUAGUUUGUGGUUGCAAAAGCGCCACUUAUAUGUUCCAAAUUCAUAAAUUAUAACAUUCUAAAUAUAUAAUUGACUCACACACGAAAAGCUCAUAAUAUAUAUAAUUGCCAGUAACUAUUAAUAUUAUUCAGGUGUUUACUAUAUUGAUAAUUGUACUUGGUGGUUAUUUAUAUGGAGUAAUUAUGGCUCUAGAGUGCAGUUUUUUUAUCCUUUGAUCCAACUAACUGGCGAUAAACGUAGUAAUGACCCUUUCUUUAAAGAAGAUAACAUUUUCUCUAAAUCCAUGUACGCCGAAUACAUCAGUGACCCUGAUUGGCUGUCCAAUUUCAACCAGCUUUUCAAAUACGUCAUCACAGUAUGUCUCUCCAUUACGCGUUGCCUUUAACUCAUCGGGAUCUUCACCUGUCUAUUGAAAGUA